CCCUGCCCACCGCGGUCUUGAAGAAGCCUGGAAGGUGCUUCCACAGGCACGCCAGGAGGUCUCUCCUGUUCUCCUUACAAAUGCGUUAGGUCACAGGUGGGAUGGCGGGCGCUGGGCAGCGCAGAGGGAGGAAGGAUGACAACGGCAUCGGCACGGCCAUCGACUUCGUGCUGUCCAACGCCCGGCUGGUGCUGGGCGUGGGGGGAGCUGCCAUGCUGGGCAUCGCCACGCUGGCCGUCAAGCGGAUGUACGACCGGGCAAUCAGUGCUCCCAGCAGCCCCACUCGCUUGAGCCAGUCGGGAAAGAGAAGCUGGGAAGAACCAAACUGGCUGGGCUCCUCCUCACGCCUGCUGAGCCAGGACAUGAAGACCAACCUCAGCCGCUCCCUGCAGACCCUUCCCACUGAUCCUUCGGCCGCAGACACAGACUUUUUCCGAGCCACGAAGUCCAAGCCAUCUGCCAAGAGGAGCCAAGUGGAGCUGAAGAAGUCCCGCCUUCGCCUGUCUCUGCAAGAAAAGCUCUUUGCUUACUACCGGAGGAAGGUGGCCAUCCCAGGGGAGGAGCAGGCUCGGGCCAAGCAAGCCGCCGUGGACAUCUGCGCGGAGCUGCGCAGCUUCCUGCGAGCCAAGCUGCCCGACAUGCCCCUGCGGGACAUGUACCUGAGUGGCAGCCUGUACGACGAUCUGCAGGUAGUGACAGCUGACCACAUUCAGCUCAUUGUGCCUCUGAUGCUGGAGCAGAACCUGUGGUCAUGCAUCCCCGGGGAGGACACCAUCAUGAACAUUCCUGGCUUCUACUUGGUGCGUCGGGAGAACCCUGAGUACUUUCCCCGUGGGAGCAGCUACUGGGACCGCUGUGUGGUGGGAGGUUACCUUUCCCCCAAAGCUGUAGCAGACACCUUUGAGAAAGUUGUAGCUGGCUCCAUCAACUGGCCAGCAAUUGGUUCUCUCUUGGAUUAUGUGAUCCGUCCAGCAGCUCCUCCAGCAGAUUUGACACUGGAAGUCCAGUAUGAUCCAGGGCGGCAUCUUUUUAUUGACUUCCUACCAUCCCUGACACUGGGUGACAUCAUCCUUGUGGCCAGACCCCAUCGAUUGGUCCAUAAUGACAACCUGUGGCGACUGAGCCUGCGGCCAGCAGAAACGGCUCGCCUCCGAGCUCUGGACCAGUGUGAUUCUGGCUGCCGUUGCUUGUGCCUGAAGAUCUUCAAAGCGAUAUGCAAGUUGAACCCAGCCCUGGGCCACCUCACUGCCAGCCAGCUCACCAACGUCAUCCUGCACCUAUCCCAAGAAGAGUCUGACUGGUCCCAGGACAUGCUGGCUGAUCGCUUCUUGCAGGCGCUGAAGGGUUUGAUCCGCUACUUGGAGGCAGGUGUCCUCCCAAGUGCUCUGAACCCCAAGGUGAACUUAUUUUCAGAGCUCACCCCUGAGGAAGUGGAUGAGUUGGGAUACACCCUCUACAGCUCUCUGUCAGAGCCAGAGGUCUUGCUGCAGACGUAAUGGGGCCUUACCUGGGGAAGUAUUGAUAGGGGUUAGCCAAGGUGGACUUUGGUUACUGCAAAAUGUGUCUCCUCCACUUCUCUCUCUCUCUCUCUGUCUCCUUUUGGUUCAUUAUUUCUUCCUUCUGUGGAGUUGGUGCUCCCACUGGAUUUCUUGGUGCUACCGGUCCAUUUCCGCCAUCUCUGCCCCAACAGGUACCCAUUGGCUAGGGAAAAGAGGCUAAAACUGCAGCGUUAAGAUUUUUGCUUAAAUUCUGCUGACGUUUAAGUGUCUAUCAAAAAAAAAAUCCCAAACAAACUACGCACUUCUUUUGCCCGUAGUACACUUAAUUGCAGUGAGUCCAUUUUGGUCUGAAGAAGGUAGAACUGGGCUGGUAAAUCCAGUGACAAUUUUAGCAGAAUUGCAUUGAGGUCCUGUCCUUUCUUUCAGUCUGAUUUUACCCCAUGUUUCUUUUUCUCUGCUUUGCCACACUCUUUUUUUUAUUUCUUCUUUUUAUUUUUUUUUUCGGUCCCUUUGAUCCAGUUGUGCAGGGCAGGCUGAGCAAGAUGUUUUGGAUAGGGCUGGGGGUUUUUUUAUCAUCGAGUGGGUAAUUAUUACACUGGCAGUAUUCAGGGAUGUAGACCUUGGAAGAGGAGAAUGCCAACUGCUCCUGCUUCUAUGGAGCCUUCUCAUCCUUUGCAAGCUGGGUUCAGGGAUAAGGGCAGAGGCUUGUCCAGUCUGCUGUGACACAACCUCCAGUGUGGACAAUUCUCACUAAAGCUGUCACAGCAGAGGAAGAAGCCUUUGUGGUCUGGCUGUGUGAUGAGGCCGAAGGAGCCGGGCUUGCCAUUCCUGCCUAGCCAGUGUUGCUUGUGGGAAUGGCCCUGGGAAUGCAGAGCAGGAUGGCUCCUUAGAUGUCUGUCUCUGGCCUAGAGGAAGAGAGGCUGAUUAUGGGGGAGGGGUAGGAGACACACAUGGGAACAGGGAUUAAUUUUUUUCAUCUUGUGCCCCAGAGCUUAUGGCUGUUCUGGUUUAUAGGAGGUGGAAGCAAGACUGCAUGCCUCAAAGGGCUUUAGAAUAAGCACACGUAAGCCAGAUUCUCACCAGCUGUAAGUCUGUGAAGGUGAGGGGACUGAACUGUUGUAAUCAGCAGGGUUCUGUCCCAUAUGCUGAUACUAGGGUAGACUUGCAGAGCUGGCAUUUAGAGAUAAGUUGACUUUGCUAUCUGCUCUCAAUAUGUUUUUAAGUUCUCUCCUCAGCCAUCUCAGAACUGAGACUGUUCGUCCUCUUCCUCAUUCCCAUGUGUUGACUUCCCAGUGCUCCCAGUUUACAGUUACUCUUAGAAAGCUGGUGAGGGCACAUCGUCCCCGUUUUGUCUCUUUGGACCUAUUGGCAAUGCAGUUCUGCCCACUUGUGUUUACAGCUGCCAUCAGGCUGUUCUCCUUCAGCUGCCCUCCCAUCUACUGCUGCUGGACUGCAGUAUGGCUUUCAGGGGGCAGCUGUUGCACUGUUGGUAUCUCCUACACUAGCUACGUGGACUCUGUAUACUCUGCAUUUAGUCUUCUGGUCUCCUGUCUUCAAAAAUGGGGAGGAAGGGUAUCCCCCCAAGUCUGGGGCUGUCUGUCUCUCAAAAGACCAGCACAGCUGCCAUUAUAGAAAUGUCCUUGCCUUUCCCCAGCUUUAGCAACCUUUUUUCCCCCUUGCUGUCCAGCUUCCCUAGCCAGUGGAGAUGGGCACUGCAGCAGCAAGAGUUUGGAGGGAGCAGGAAUCCUUCCUCUCAGGACUUUCACCCACCUUUGGCAGAGAAGUUUCAAGGUGAGUUUCAGGAGUAAAACCACAGAGGGAGUCUUUAGCCCUUGUUUUCUUUUUAGAGGCAGUGCUGGUGAGAUGAGGGUGGGAGCAUCUUUCUUGGGCAAUCUGUCCUUUUUAGCCAAUGUGUCAGAUAAUAUUCUGUAUACAGUGAUAACACAAUGUUGCAUUUUAAAUUAUUUAAUCCUUAGGGCACCUGGUAUUUUCCAGACUGCCAGAUGCAUACUUUGAAGUUUGUGUGUAUAUAUAAAAUCUGUAGUCUAUGAAAGGUUAGCAGAAAUUUCAUUUGUAUGAUUUUGUGUUUUGUGCAGCAGUCAGUAUUGGUCUGCUGUUGAUUGCUAUUCACUCUGGUUCCUGGAUUUUUUCCCUUCUUCCUUUCCCUGCCCUCCACUGCCAUUCUGAUGUCAGCCUUCAUACCCUAGAAGCAGAUAGAUGAGACUUGGAGCCUGUAGGCUAUUGGGGGAAAUUCCCCUUCUAAUUACUUGAAGGUCAACAAAAAUAUUAAAAUAUUGGGGUUGUCAGGAGUUCCUCGUAAGUUUGUUUCUUCAGUGUGAUCUCACCCCUCACUUGGUGCUGACUCCCAAUACCACUGUCUUCACACAGAAUUGAGCAGCAACAACAGAUACAAAAAAAGUGAUAAUGUGAGCAGGAAGAAGCUGCCUGAGCUGCCUGAAGGACAGUUGCCACAUACUUAUCAGUGUAUAGAAUUUUUUACAUGAAGGCUUUUACUUCUUCCUGGCAACCUAAUUAGUUAAUAUUUUAUGGCCAUUUCUUGCUGCUAUUGAGCUCAAUUUAUGCAUCAAAUGGAGACUGAAGCUGCCUUUUUGCCUUUCUGUAGACUUUGCUCCACUUGACUUGAAUCACUUCCAUCGUUUCUUCCCUUCACUUUCUUCCCUCCUCUGAGCUAGCCACAAGCCUGUUCUCAGGAGGCAGAUGCUCACUUCCUACAGGCAGCCACCAUGGUGGGCAGUAGCUGCCCUGCCAGUGGCAGUCUCACCAAAGGCCAAAGAUGUAAUAGGUCACAGGGACACUGCGACUAGGAGUAUUUUGAGAGCAGUGUCAGGCAUCAGAGGCAGGGAAGAAGGAGCAGGGUAAGUAUGGAGGAAAUUGAUGCUAAUGCCAUACCCAGCCUAUGGGUCAAACAGACUGUUGCAGGAUCUUUUGAACUGGCACCUUUAAGUAUUAAAUGAAGUACAUGUGUUAAAUGUACAGCCCAGAGGGCUGCCUUACUUGUCAAAAGUUGGCUCCUUCCUUGACAAAACUGUAGCACAGAGCAGGAGGGCCUAAAGCUGAAUGUGAAAAGGGCAGCUCCUGGCCACCUUCCUGGCCGAGCAGCUCAAGAGACAAAUUGAUUGUAAGAGACACAGAGUAUGUGUUUGGUUGGUUGCUGCCUGGGCUCCAAGAAUGCCUCAGUGUGUUCUGCUAUAGCUUCACUCCUGUGAGCUUCCCAGGAGAUUGUUGUCUGGUUCCCUGUAACCAUGGGGUGAGGACCAACUUGCUCAGCAAUGGGAUUUCACUACUGCUGAGCUCCACUGCAAAUCCUUCACAUCAGAUGGAUGUCUUUUCCAGUGUUUAAAAGCAAUUAUGGAAACAAGAGGCUGUUUUCUGUCUCCUGGUGAGCUGCCAUCAGGGCCCUCUCUCUUAGCAUGUGGACACUCACAGUGAGAAGUGAAGAGAUGAUGCCCCAUCUCUCCCAGGUCUGGAGGCUAUGUGGAUUUGUAUAGGGGAAAGUCUUAAGUGCAUGGUCUGUGACAAGAGUGUGUGAAAUUCCAAAAUAAAAUUACUUUCCACAGGA